AGAGGAUCGAUAUGGAGUGAACCAGCGCCGGGAAUGGAAACACGUUGAGGACAGGAGAUUAAUAUGGCGGAUCCAGAGGUGUCAUCACAGAGCGGGGGCUACGAUGUGGAGCUGUUUGUGGACACCCCAGACUACGAUCUGAUCUGCACCAUCUGCCAGGGGGUCCUCAGGUGUCCAGUGAGAGCUGCAUGCCACCACAUCUUCUGCAAGAAAUGCAUCCUACAGUGGCUCAAGAGGCAGGAGACCUGUCCCUGCUGUAGAAAGCCUGUUAACCCGAGCUUGAUCUUUGUCAUGUUCAAGCUGAGCAAAUCUAUUGGACGCAUGAAGAUCAAGUGUAAGAAUGAGAUCCGUGGUUGUGCAGAGACCUUCCCCCUCUCUGAGCAGUACUGCCACAGUAUGAGCUGUCUGUAUGAGCUCAUCCCCUGUCCGUACCAGGGCUGCCGGGCGCAGCUACUGCGCAGAGACCUGGACACCCAUGCACGCCACUGCGAACAUUGGCGGCAGCCCUGCCACAUGGGCUGUGGGACGAUACUCUCCCACCGCAACCAGGCUGAACACAACUGCUAUAAGCAACUGAGGCAAGAAUAUGAAGCCAGACAAAGAAACCACAGGGCCAUCGCCACUGCCCUGCAGAGGAAGAUGAGGAGGAUGCAGAGCACCAUGGCCCACAUGAAGAGGCAGAUAGGGUUAAUCUGUGAGAGCCUGGAGGUGAUGGAUGAUCUACAUGAAGUAGAAGAGGAGGACCUCGGAGAGAGCAGCAGCAGCUCCAGUGGGACUCCAAGUAGCAACAACAGCAACUGUUGAGGGACGAGUCAGUUACUGCUGCUGCUGCUGGUUGGUUACUGCUGUGUAUAAUUUCCGCAUGUGCUCAUCUCUUUGAAGGUGUGUGUUUUUAAUAUGUAGGUAGGAUAAA